AUGGAGAAAUCUUCGGCGAGCAGCAGCAGCAGCAGCAGAUGGAUGGCGUUUGAGGAAAAGCAGAGUUCCGCUCCCGGCGGGGUGGCCGCCAGCAUAGCGGAGAGGACGGCGGAGUGGGGCCUGCAGGUGGUGAGGUCCGACGCCGGAGAAGGCAGCUUCAAGGCGGUGAGGCGCUCAUCCGGCGAGCAGGGCGGCUUUAUGUCGUCGAGGACGUCGGAGGAAUCGGACGUCGGGGCGGCGCUUCCCAGGGUGUCGCAGGAGCUCAAGGAUGCUCUCGCCACUCUGCAGCAGACCUUUGUGGUCUCCGACGCCACCAAACCCGACUGCCCCAUACUCUACGCCAGCAGCGGCUUCUUCACCAUGACUGGCUACUCCUCCAAGGAAGUCGUCGGCCGUAAUUGCCGAUUCCUGCAAGGGCCGGACACAGACGAGAAGGAAGUAGGCAAGAUUCGAGACGCGGUGAAGAAUGGGAGCAGCUACAGCGGCAGGCUUCUCAACUACAAGAAGGAUGGCACUCCUUUCUGGAAUCUCCUCACUGUUACUCCCAUCAAAGAUGACCUCGGCAACACCAUCAAAUUCAUUGGGAUGCAGGUGGAGGUCAGCAAGUACACAGAAGGCAUCGUCGACAAGGCCUUGCGCCCCAAUGGCUUGCCCAAAUCUCUCAUUCGUUACGACGCACGUCAGAAGGAGAAGGCUCUGGAUUCAAUCACUGAAGUUGUGCAAACGGUCAAGCAUCCCAAGUCCCAUAGACGGGCAACGAGUCACGACAUUGCCAACAAUCUUGAUUUGGUCCUGCCCGAAUCUGCUGAAGUUAUGUCCAUGCCUACGCCUGGUGGAGAAACUCCUCGUUCCGACUCUGGAGCCGGGGCUUUUGGCAUUGGUAGUCCUCAUGUUUAUGCUCAUAAACACAGAAGUUCUUUGAGGAUCUCCUUAAUGGGCCGGUUUAAAGGUCCUUCUAUUAGUUCUUCGAGGAAGUAUGAAGAGCCACCAGUUAUGGAACCGGAGAUUUUGAUGACCAAGGAAGUCAGUCGUACUAACAGUUGGGAACAUGCUGAACGAGAAAGGGACAUGCGCCAAGGUUUUGAUUUGGCAACCACAUUAGAGCGGAUUGAGAAGAAUUUUGUGAUCACAGAUCCAAGACUUCCUGAUAACCCUAUUAUAUUUGCUUCUGAUAGCUUUCUUGAACUAACUGAAUUUACACGUGAAGAAAUUUUGGGAAGGAAUUGUAGGUUUCUACAAGGACCCGAAACAGAUCAAGCGACCGUGUCAAAGAUAAGAGAUGCAAUAAGAGAACAGAGGGAAAUCACGGUUCAGUUGAUCAACUACACUAAAAGUGGAAAGAAAUUCUGGAACUUGUUUCACUUGCAACCAAUGCGCGACCAAAAGGGGGAGCUGCAAUACUUCAUUGGUGUUCAGCUCGAUGGAAGUGAUCAUGUGGAACCCUUAAGAAACCGUCUUUCAGAGAAUGCUGAGCUGCAGAGCGCGAAGUUGGUCAAAGCUACUGCUGAAAAUGUUGACGAGGCCGUUCGAGAACUUCCGGAUGCCAAUUUGAGACCAGAAGAUUUGUGGGCGAUUCAUUCGAAGCCUGUAUUUCCACGGCCUCACAAAAGGGAUAGUUCUUCAUGGAGAGCAAUACAAAAGAUUACCUCUCGUGGUGAAAAGAUUGGGCUGCAUCAUUUCAAGCCCAUUAAACCUUUGGGUUGUGGUGAUACUGGCAGUGUUCAUUUAGUGGAGCUGGAAGAAACAGGCGAACUUUACGCUAUGAAGGCAAUGGAAAAAUCCAUGAUGAUGAACCGUAACAAGGUUCACCGAGCAUGCAUUGAGAGAGAAAUCAUUUCACUUCUGGAUCAUCCUUUUCUUCCAACACUAUAUACCUCCUUCGAGACUUCAACGCAUGUAUGUCUAAUAACAGACUUUUGUCCUGGUGGAGAGCUAUUUGCAGUACUUGACAAGCAACCUAUGAAAUUGUUUAAGGAGGAAUCUGCAAGAUUCUAUGCAGCAGAGGUUGUUAUUGGCUUGGAGUAUCUUCACUGUCUAGGAAUUGUUUACCGGGACUUGAAGCCUGAGAAUAUUUUGAUCCAUCAGGAUGGUCAUGUUGUCUUAACUGACUUCGACCUGUCUUAUAUGGGAUUGUGUAAACCACAGGUUAUAAAACAUCCUCCACCAAACAAUAGAAGAAGAUCCAAGAGUCAGCCUCCUCCGAUGUUUGUUGCAGAACCUAUAGCACAUUCAAAUUCAUUUGUGGGAACUGAAGAAUACAUUGCUCCUGAAAUUAUCACAGGUACAGGCCAUAGUAGUGCUAUUGAUUGGUGGGCUCUUGGGAUUUUGUUGUAUGAGAUGCUGUAUGGUCGCACUCCUUUUCGGGGGAAGAACAGGCAGAAGACAUUUGCCAACAUUUUGCACAAAGAUCUUACAUUUCCGAGUAGCAUACCGGUGAGCCUUGGUGCAAGGCAGUUGAUCUAUGGAUUGUUGAACCGAGACCCUGCUAGCCGUUUAGGGUCGAGUACUGGUGCCAAUGAGAUCAAACAACAUCCGUUCUUCCGUGGACUCAAUUGGCCUUUGAUACGUUGCAUGAGUCCACCAGCGCUGGAAGUUCCUCUCCAGUUGAUUGGUAAUGAACCGACAGCCAAAGGUGUUUCGUGGGAAGAUGACGGGGUGUUGACAUCAGCUGCAGACAUGGAGAUUUUUUGA